AUGACUUGGAAGAAUACGGAACGUGCGUGUGCACCACGCGACUGGAGGUGCUACUUCGGAGCCAGCUGCCGAGACGAGCACAAGGCACGGGCGGUGCCGCGGCCAGGUCAUCGCAAGACGGACGGCGCCGAGGCAAGGAGGGCAGCCAAGGCUAAACAACGAUUUACGCCUACACCUCGCUGUGACGAAAAAGUGAAAGAAACAGAACAGCAAAUUGAAAAUGAGAGAUCCAAAUUUGAUGAAUUAUGGUUUGUCACUAUUCAACUGAAUGACAGCUCUGAAAAUGAACCGCGCAAAAGGAGCCCUGAAGAUAAUGUAAUGAAAUACAUAAGACUUUCUUUACAAAUAAUAGACAAUGUAACAAUUCAAAUGAAGAAUAGAAUUAUCUCUGGCCGCAGCCAUGGUCACUGGGCAACAGGUAAUGCAGAAGUCACAAUCACUCCUGCAGAACUAUCAUGUGGAGUGGAGGGAUCCAAUGAAGGUUCAUUAGUUACUAAUGUCACAUUCCCUGUCGAAGAUGCAAUAUCAAAUUGGAUGGAGGAGCAGAAGACGCUGCGAGAGCAGCAGAAGAUAGAAGCAGGGCCACUUGUUCAGGUGCAGGACACGCAGCCAAAAGAUUUUUCGUGUUCACAAGAAAAUAGGAGUCCAAAGACAGAAGAUGAGAAGACUGAAACUAAGAACAGGUGUAAGAGAAUCAGAAGUGGGAUUUUGCACAAGAUGGGCAUGGUGGAGAUUGGACGUGUAAUGAGUUAUCCGAGAAGGAUUUAUUGUUGUGAAAUAUUAAAUUCAAUAAAUCAACAUUCUACAACAUAUUUAUAUGACAAUAAAGUUUCUAAAACUAUUAUAGCAGUUCUAGAGCAUACUUUGCGUGAUGUAAUGGCUGUUGCUGCAAAGGCAACACUCUGGAUGCACAUACUCAGAGCCUCUUGGCUAAGUCCUUGGAAAAUGGGUCUGUCCACACAACGGUACAAUCUGGAUAAACACACCAGUGUGCGUCGCACAGUUGGAUACCACAUGCCAUGCAAAUCAGCAGGUGAAUCUAAGAAAGAUAUGUGCUGCUGCAGGAGCACGCAGCACACCUCAGCUAAGAGGCAACACUUCUGGACACAGUUCAACACUGGACUAAGACAUCGGUGGUAUGUUGAAACACAAUGUGCUGUGUCCACAUCACACCUUGCUUGCUUCUCUGCAGUGUGCACUAGAUAUGUGUACAGACCAGUUAUUGUAAUAAGCACAGAUGCCUGCUGCAGCAGUUCCAGACAAACUAACAGGAGCCUUCAACCAAAGACAGAGUCAGAGAUCUUUGGAAAAACACAUUUCAAUUGCCAGCCCACGAAUAGCAUAAAAUCUUACAGAGUUGGCACAGAUCCCAAAAAUCCUAUGGAAAUAAAAUACCCUACACAAAAGGACUGCAUUCAUGUCAGUUUGCCUGUUCACUGGUGCUAUGGUGGCCAGGGAGUAGAAAGACUGGUGCAAACUACCACCCAUCACCAUGCUACCUACACUGCAUUUGGACUGUGA